AUGCUUCCCCGAUUGAAUUUUGUUCUGGCUUUUGCACUCCUCGUUUCUAUUAUUCACGCACAGACAAAAUUGUUCCCCUCACUAGGUCUUCUCGGAUCUUAUUUUGGAGUACCCGGACAAGAUGCGACAUUUGACUAUGUCGUGAUCGGUGGUGGAACAGCUGGGCUCACACUCGCAAAUCGACUCUCUGCGCAAUUUUCAGUCGCGGUCAUCGAAGCUGGAGACUUUUGUGAAUUUGCAAAUGGGAAUAACUCACAAGUGCCCGCAUAUGCGAGUACGUUCACAGGGAGUAAUCCCGUGGUCAAGAAUCCUGCACUGGAUUGGUACAUGUACACGGAGCCUCAAGCGGCUCUGAAUAAUCGGAGAUUGUUGUUCAAUUCUGGAAAAGUGAUUGGUGGAUCGAGUGCGAGGAACUUUCUUUGGUACAUAAGAGGGUCCAGAGGAGCAUUCGACAAAUGGGCAAACGAUGUUGGCGACCAGACGUAUAGCUUCGACAAGUUCUUGCAGUAUUUCCAACGAAGUGUUCGCGCACCCAUUGCAGAUGGCAGCUCUCAGCCUUCAGAUGUACCACGGAGGCUGAACAACUCAGAUUGGAGCUCUCAUGGCGGGCCAAUACAAAUUGGUCAUGGAGCCUGGACGAACCGCAUAACGUCUUGGUUGGCAAAGGGAUUCGCGGAACUAGGCCUUGAAACACUGAACAGCUUUGCGAGCGGAAAAUUGCUCGGGUGGUCUUUUAUCCCUCAAACACUGGAUCAGGAAACGCAAAUGAGAAGUUCAUCCGCUGAGAUGCUGUACUCUGCAAUUGCCCAAGGAAACAAGGUCUCCUUGUACAAGUCGAGCUUGGCCAAAAAGAUCAAUUUUGACGGGAAAAGAGCUACAGGAGUAGCCGUGGAAACUGCAGGAACGCAUUAUUUGCUUAAAGCAAGCAAAGAAGUCAUUGUGUCUGCUGGAGUGAUGCGCUCGCCGCAAAUGCUAAUGGUCUCUGGCAUUGGACCAAAAUCGAUCCUGCAGCACCACAACAUUGAAGUUGUAGCAGAUCUCGCAGGUGUCGGUCAGAAUAUGAUGGACAACGUUCUAGUUGGCCCAACGUACCGGGUCAAUGUCACUACACAUAACAGUCUUGCGAAUCCUGGGUAUCUUUCAUCUGCCGUCACGGAGUACAACAACAACCGCACUGGCAUGUUGACCAAUGUCGGCGGCGAUGUUGCCGGCUUCGAGCGCGUCACGCCAGGAUGCGUUAGCAACAAUACGUACAGCUCCAUCCAGACCAGCUUUCCCAUGGACUGGCCGAACCUACAGUACCUCGUUCUAGAUGCCUACUUCGGUACUGGGAACGACAGCAGCAUCGGCCUUACAGAUGAAAAGCAGUACGUUGCCGCUUCCGUGGGCUUGGUGUCUACCUUUUCUCGUGGUAAUGUGUCCAUUCGCUCAGCAGAUACAGCCAUCAACCCUGUCAUCAGUCCCAACUGGCUGAGUGAUCCACGCGACAUGGAAUUGGCCAUCGUAGCCUUCAAGCGCGGACGCGCGCUCUUCUCCACAGACGCUCUGCAGGUGGUGGCUGGAGACGAAGCUUUCCCGGGCCAAGAUGUACAGAGUGGUGAUCAGAUUCAAGAAGUGAUUAGGGCAAGCGCAAACUCGGUAUACAAUGCUGCGGGUACGAACAGGAUGGGCAAGGUGGACGACAGGUUGGCGGUGGUUGAUUCGAAAGCAAGAGUGAUUGGUGUGGAUGGUUUGAGAGUUGUCGAUGCUUCGGCGUUUCCAUUCUUACCUCCCGGACAACCACAGGCUACCGUCUGUAAGUGGUCACUUAUAAACUCUUGCACAGUACCAGUACUGACCGCGGUAGAUGCAUUGGCCGAGAAGAUCGCGGCAGAGAUGCUUUCUGAGAUGCAGUGUAUUUGAAAUUUUGCUUGUUGCUAUUGGAUCCG